AUAAUAUAUAUAUAAAUCUCUCUCUCUCUCUCUUUCCUUCCAUUGAAACCCACAAAUCUUAUUUGAAGCUACACUACAAGAAUAUGCUAAAAACUCAUAAAAAUCAUAAUCACUAUUUGAAGCUUGUCCCAUUGCAGUUUUAACUCCAAAUUUGAAGAAGCUUCAAUUCAAAAUGGCUGUCAACUCUACUGGUGAAGAAGAGGGAUGUGAUGCUUACAGUGUUGUAGUACUGUCUGAUGAAUGUAGUACUGGAUUCCAAUGUGAACUGCCAGAGGUUCGUAUUCCACUAAAAAGUCAGCUAUCGUUGGAUGCCCGUUUGAGCAAUCAAAGCUACAUCAAUAUGAUGGUGGAAAAUGCGCUUGCAUAUUCGACAUGUACUGUAGAUGUUGAUCUUGAAAAAGGCGAGCCAGAGACUGAAACCAAUGAGCAAACUCUUGGUAAUCUGAAGAACGAAGAAGUGUUGACGAAAUCACUGCAAAAACAGAUCAGCUUUGACAUGGGACGUAAAUACAUGCAGCUCUUGAUGAACCACAGUCUCAUGCUAUCCAAGUUUUCUACUCGAGCAGAUAAAAUUGCAACCGAGAAAGUUCUAGAUGCUCCCAGAUCAAGAAAGUUUAAGCGUGCUCCUGUCUCUUUUAAUUCUAGGAAAGUUGUUCUUCUGUUCUCCGUCUUGUCAAGUUUGGGAACAAUGAUACUUAUAUAUCUGACACUCAGAGUAAGACAGAUUGGUGAUGCCUCUAUUCAUUCGGGCUGAACUUACGUUCAUCUUCUCUUUCUUCUGUAAGUUCACUUUUUUGGUUCCUGGAAUGGUUUCUCUACAACGUUAACAACCUUUCAAGAGGAGGCAUAGUGCACCAAGUUAUGCUCACUUUGUACUUGAUUGUUUUGGCAGACAAAUUCUUUCCUUUUUUAGAAGUUGUAUUUUAUUCAAAUGUUUAGCAGCAUUUUCUCUCUUGAUAUGUACAUAACUUGAGAAAUAUUGUUGAAAUGUAGUAGUUGGUGAUCAAUCCUUUGUUA